AUGCGGCAGGAGGCACAGGGGCUUGCCGGCGAAGACCUGCUCGCCCGACGUGUCCAAAUUCGGCAGGAGGCACAGGGGCUUGCCGGCGAAAGGGCCUUUCCCAAGAAUUGGAACUCUACCAGGAGGGUGGCGACGGAGGCACGGGAGCAGGAAGCGCCGACCCACAAUGUCGGUACAGCCGAGACUUCUUCGACGCUUAGCAGCCACAAGCCCAUCCCACUGGCCGGGUAUGAGCAAAUGUCAAACUACACGCGCCCAGUCGUCGAGGACGUCAAACCCUGGUGUGAUGGCUCCGUAAUGGUGGUUGUCGACAAUUGUGGCAACUGCUACUCAAGUAGCUGGUUCCUGAUUGUCAUCCUGUGGGCCGUGCAGAGUCCGGGAAGGCUCCGUGAUUUGAUGGGGAAGCUCCAGGACGGGUGCCUCGAGGGAGGGGCAUUGUUCGACAUUCCGCUGCCCUACCAGGGGUACGUCAAGGCCGUGUGCGACCUGAUCGAGGCCCUGCAGGAGCGCUGGGAGGAACGCACAAGAUUUGCCAAGGACGACGACCGCGACUACCACGGCGUCCAGGAAGCGGUGGGCCUCGUUAAGAUGCUGAAGAAAGUGCCCGGUUCAGCGACAACGCCAGCGGCGGGCGGAACCAACGAGGAAACCAUGGGGCUUCAGCUCAAGCGGGGGAUUGCCAUCGUGGCUCGCGCGUUCGACGUAUGGUGGGCCAGCCGCAACGAGUUCUCAGAAAUGCACAUCGUGGCCACCCUUCAUCGGUCGAUGGAGUUUGAUGUUGGGCUCCAGAUCGCCACGAACAACAGUGCGAGAGAAGCGGGGGGAGAACCCCACCCCUCAUCCUCCGCGUCGUCUUCCACGGCCGCACCAGACACGAUGCGCCCCGCGUGUAGUCUGGGUUAUAUUGUUGGGAUGGCGAUGGAGAGCAUAGAUACCGACCGCAACGUCAAUAGGACGGACCUUAUGAAUAUUUUCGAUGGGGUUGCGGAGGCAGCGAGGGUGGACCACAUUCACAUCGACGGGAUGGAUGUAUGGAAAGACUCGUGCCCGCACUACAACGUGCGGGUGAAGGCCGGCCCUCUAGCAAACGCCCUCGCGGUCGAGUACGGUCUCGACCUUGGUGAAGGCGAUGCCGUCGCCUUUUCCUGGCUUGAGAAGGGCCACCGGUGGCAAGAGGAGAAUUCUAUCGGCAUCGGGGACUUUAUCCGUUCCGAGGAGCUCAAGGAGCUCGAGAAGCUCGAGCGGGAGCGGGAUGCCAACAAGGCAGAAAACCAACCGACCAGCGGAGCCGCCGCCGCUGCUGCACCCUCGCCAGCUUCGAACGGCAACACCGCGCGGUGGCCGCUGUUGAACAGGCAAACGAACACCGAAAUCGCCUCCGACGAGCUUGUCGCCCGUGCUCUCGCUUCUCACAUUAACCAGGAGUUUCUGUUAAAGGAAAAGCAGCAAGUGCAGGCGGAUGAGGAAUACGCGCGUAGCCUAGUUAGCGCUCAACCCACGGAGCAGCAGGCCUCGCAGGCUGCCCAAAAGCGAGGCAGUGCUGAAGAGGACGGCGAGGGAUGGCAAACUGUGCGUAGGCCAAAGAAUCGGCAGAAUCAGUCCCGGACAAAGCCACGGCAGCAGCCACCAAGGCAGCCUCCCUAG